UUCAACAACUUGACUGGCCGAACAACAAUGAUGAAGCGACGUUGGUCGAAUAACGGCGGUUUCGCCUUUCGCAUGCUGGAAGAAUCCUCCACCGAAGUGAGCUCAUCCUCCAACGGGCUCGUGCUCAGCACGGCUUUGUCGCCCUCACCGCUCGACUCACCCGUUUAUGGUGAACAAGAUCUUUGGUAUGAUGCCGCAUUCAAUGGACACGGUGGCCAUAGCGUGAUCACCGCGGCACAUGGUUGCGCUGCGCUGCUGCCGCCACAAACCACAAUAAUACCGUUGCCACCUUUGGGUGGUGGCAUAAACAAUAUGAAUGUCAAUGGCGCUGGCAAUAACACAAAUGGCGCGAAUUUUGGUCAUGGCGCUGGCGGUGGCGGCGGCGGUGUAAUGGGCCAUGGCAAUCAGCUGAGCAAUGGGCAUCUCGGCAAUCAACAAAACGCACAGAAUAAUAACAAUAAUAAUAAUUUAAAUAUUAAUAACAACAACAACACAAAUAUGUUGCAUGCAACAUUAAAUCAGGGUCUAAUUAAUGGUUUGAUGGGUAGUGUGUUGGGUGCAAAUGCAGGCAUGCAACAUAAUGGACUCAACAUGCAACAGCAUACGCCGCGUAGCGAUUCGGCAAAUUCAAUAUCGUCAGGUAUGUUUCCCAAAACUUUUUCCGAUUCUGACCAACUUUUCCAUAUAAAAAUGGGUGAGUCGUUAGUAUUUCUUAAUAAAGAAAAACAGCAUAGCCUAAAAAUUCCAGACAAAUUUCAUAAUUUUUAUUGCAGAUUAUAUAGUCUUAAGGUAAAUUCAAUAAGGCUUAUCACUGCUUAUAGGUUUCUCACAGUUCCAACUAAUUUUCUUCGAAACGGCUGUGCCGAUUGACUUGAAAUUUUCGCA